UCUCUCGUUCGUCCCUCAUCAGUCCACAUGGGGCCGGAGGAGUGGAGUGUGCGACCCCUAACGGAGAAACCCCCGAUUCCAUCUUCACGCUCUCAGUUUUGAAUGGGAGUAUCUCUCUCUGGCUCUCUCAGUCUAUUGCCGUAAAAUUAGGGCCGUUCUCCGUCUCCUCUUCUUAUCUAUUCUUCGCUUGCGGCUUCUCUCCUCUCCGUCGAUCUAUCUUUCCCACCACAUCCUAGCCGCCCCUCGAUCGAUCCGAGAAACCCUAGCUCCGGCGGCUGCCAUCGAUGUCCGUGGAGAGGCCCUUGGAGGCCUGGGAGGAGGUCCAGCGCCAUGGCCAGGACCUCGCGGACCGCCUCGCCCAGGGCCUUGCCGGCCUGAUCCAAUCGCACAUGAGUCCCCCCGCCUUCCCUUGGCCCGCCCCCCACAAGAAGCCCUUCGACCUUGACCUCCCCGCCAUCCACGUCACAGCUCAGUCAGAGAUCGCCGCUGGCGGCGUUUCCGCCAUCCUCGACAUCGGGAGCCGCCUUGGUCAGGCCGGGGCGGAACUCGGCGCCUGCAUCAACGGUGUUGUGCAACAGUUCUUCCGCCAGCUGCCGGUUCCGUUCCGGCCGGACGAGGGCGGGGCGGCAGCGGCCGUGCUGCCGGCAAGGCGCGGCGGCGAUGAUGGGGAGGUGAUGGGACUGGCGGUGGAGCGGUUUGGAGAUCGGGGUUUCUCGGAGGCAGCGGCACCCGCUGGUAGCUCGGAUGAGUGGGGUGAUGACGAGGGGUUCGGAUGUGAUCUCAGAACUCCGGGGCAUCUGAAGAGGCCGCAGGGGAUCAUUAAUAUCACAUCAACAUAUGACACUAGAACCCAUGAAAUGGAAAGCUCCUUGGUCGCAAGGGGAGACUUGUGGAGAGUAGAGGCAUCACGUGGUGGUUCAACCACAGGAAGUGAGACCUCACCUCUUUUCCUCAUUCAGCUGGGACCUGUUCUAUUUAUUCGGGAUACAACACUUCUUUUACCAGUUCAUUUGUCAAAGCAACACUUGCUUUGGUAUGGUUAUGAUAGGAAGAAUGGAAUGCAUUCCCUCUGUCCAGCACUAUGGUCCAAACAUAGAAGAUGGUUGCUGAUGUCAAUGAUCUGUCUCAACCCUCCUGCUUGUUCAUUCAUGGAUUUGCAAUUCCCAAGUGGGCAGCUUACUUACGUGGCUGGUGAAGGGUUGACUUCUAGUGCUUUUCUUCCUGUAUUUGGUGGCUUGUUUCAAGCUCAAGGUCAAUAUCCAGGAGAAACAAGAAUUAGCUUCUCUUACAAGAAUAAGCAUGGAACACGGAUUACCCCGAUGAUGCAGUUGCCUGACAAGUCCUUUUCUCUUGGGGUUGCACAAGCCAUAGCAUGGAAGAGAUCUGGUCUCAUGGUGCGACCAAGCAUCCAAUUCAGUAUAUGCCCCACUUUUGGUGGAAGCAAUCCUGGGGUUCAUGUAGAGCUCAUCCAUUCUAUCAAGGAAGAACUCAAUCUGAUUUGUGGUUGUUCUUGCACGGUGCAUCCUUCUGCUUUUGCCUCAUUAUCUCUUGGGAGAUCCAAGUGGAAUGGGCAUUUAGGGAGCUCAGGAGUAGUGAUUAGAGUGGAAACGCCUCUCAGCAAUAUUGGCAGGCCAUCGUUGUCGGUUCAGAUAAAUAGUGGUCUUGAGUUUUGACUCUUUACACCGCCAAAUGUAUAUAUAUCUGUACAUAUCAUCAAGCACCGACGUCCAUAUUUGUGAAUAUACUGCUUAUACCCAAAUGUUUGAUCAGAAAUUCAUUUUUUUUUUAACCUUCUUGCCACCUCAUAAUUUUACCAAGAAAUUCACCUCUUGAAGAUUCUCAGAGUGUUCAGACAUCUUGUCCAUGGCAUCUUGAUUGCUGAGAUAUAGUCCAGAACCAAGUGGUCCUAACAGUUUGAAGGUGAGGGAAGCCAAGAUGAACUCAGAAGAAAAUUUGAAUUCCAUGGACCGGGAAAUGUCGCUUGCAAUUGGGUCUAGGAAGACUUCUGAACGUAACAUCAGUAUUUCCUGAUACUCGGAUUGCUCGCCAUUUCUUCCCUCUUUUUGAUGCCUAUAACAAUUGCGCCUGUCAGACCACGGUUUUGUGAUGGUUGACGUUUCGUUCUAGCAUCCAGCACUCCAUAAGCGGAUAGUAUUGACACAUAAAUUGUGUAUAACCAUAAUGCAACAGUUUUGAGCUCAUGCAAUUUUGUUUCCCCGGAAAAUUGUAAACACAACUAAGAUAAUGAUGUUUAGAUUCAGCUGAUAUAAUGUGCAAGCGUACUGAACUAUUUGUUGGUUUGUAUGGAGUAGAAAUUAGAAUUAAUUACAGAAGA